UGCAUUUUUAACGUCUGUUUCUCUCUCUGUUCUGGGGCCGUUCCUGCAGCCCUCAAGCUGGAUUUGGAGCAGAAGCUGUUUGGACAGCAUCUGGCCACCGAAGUGAUUCUCAAGGCGCUGACUGGCUUCAGGAACAACAAAAAUCCCAAGAAACCACUGACUCUUUCCUUACACGGCUGGGCUGGCACAGGCAAGAAUUUUGUCAGUCAAAUUGUGGCUGAAAAUCUCCACCCAAAAGGCCUGAAGAGUAACUUUGUCCACCUGUUUGUAUCGACUCUGCACUUCCCUCAUGAGCAGAAGAUAAAACUGUACCAGGUCCAGUUACAGAAGUGGAUUCGCGGUAAUGUGAGUGCAUGUGCGAACUCUCUUUUCAUAUUUGACGAGAUGGAUAAAUUGCACCCUGGGAUCAUUGACGCAAUCAAGCCGUUUCUAGACUACUACGAGCAGGUUGACGGAGUGUCUUACCGCAAAGCCAUCUUCAUCUUCCUCAGGUCAGCGGGAGGUGGUUUCUUGGGGAACACAAGCACCUCAUUCUCUCAGUGAUAAAAUGAGGUCCUCAGCACCAUCAGCACUUUAUUUGCCAGGACAGAAGUGCCUGCUGGGCACAAGGCACUUACCUACUGCUUUCCUUCUUCUUUGCUAGUCUCAGCAUGGCACACAGUGUGGGCAGGGGAAAUGAACUAAAGAAAUAAUCACUGAUAGCAGGCAAUUUUAGCCAGGAAUGGUGGCAUGGGCCUGUAGUCCCAGCUCCUUGGGAAGUUGAGGCAGGAGGAUUGGUUGAGCCCAGGAGUUCCAAG